UCUUUUGAUUAUUCUAUUUUCACAAAACCAAAAAAGAAAGAGAAAAAAGAAAUUUCAAUUUCACCUUUGUUUUUCAUUUCCAAUAAUCAGUGAAUCACUCAACUGGAACUGAGAACGAACAAGUUGAUCGGCGAUCGCGAACUCCUCCUGCUCAAUGGCGACCUCCGUCGCCGUCGGCAGCACUCUAACGGCGUACAAUCGCGAGAUUCUUACAGCAGUGAACGUCGGCGCGUCGAGCCUCUCUUUGGCUGGUUCCACCUUCAUUGUACUAUGCUACCUUCUCUUCAAGGAGCUCCGCAAGUUUUCCUUCAAGCUUGUUUUCUAUCUCGCACUCGCAGAUAUGCUUUGCAGUUUCUUCAGCAUAAUAGGGGACCCAUCCAAAAGUUUCUUUUGUUAUGCUCAAGGAUACAGUUCACAUUUCUUUUGCGUGGCAUCUUUCCUUUGGACAACAACAAUUGCUUUUACCUUGCACCGCACUGUUGUAAAACACAAAACAGAUGUUGAAGAUUUGGAGGGCAUGUUCCAUUUAUAUGUCUGGGGUACUUCGCUGGUUAUGACAGUCAUGCGCUCCUUCGGUAAUGACCACAGACAUCAUUUUGGUACAGUGUGUUGGACUCAAACAGGUCGCACAGGGAAGGCAAUUCAUUUUAUUACAUUUUACUUGCCACUUUGGGGUGCAAUUCUAUAUAAUGGGCUUACAUACAUGCAAGUUAUACGCAUGCUGAAUAAUGCAACCCGUAUGGCAGUUGGCAUGUCAGGCCAAUCUUAUGUCUCAGAUUCAAGAGACAACAUGAGGGCUUUGAACCGAUGGGGGUACUAUCCACUAAUUCUAAUAGGAUCAUGGGCUUUUGGCACUAUUAACCGAAUUCAUGAUUUUCUUGAACCUAACCACAAGAUAUUUUGGCUCUCAUUUCUUGAUGUUGGAACGGCCGCCCUUAUGGGCCUCUUUAACUCAAUUGCUUAUGGCCUCAAUUCUUCUGUUCGUCGGGCAAUUUGUGAAAGACUGGAUAAGUUAUGGCCCGAGAGACUGCACAGAUGGCUCCCUAACAGUUUUAAGUACAAGAGCUUAUCACAAGAAAGUGAACUCACCAUGUUCAAAACUGAAGAUCAACCAUAGUGUGUUAACAUGAUAUUCCAUAUCUUAUUUUGGCAGUUUUCAUGUUUUCAGAGUUGCUGGCUGUUUUUAGACAUCACUGGAUCUGCAGGCAAUAUCAGUUCUGGGUUAUUUGUUGCUCAGAUGCUUCAAUUACAUGAAAAAUGACUUUCACACUAUGAAUUUAUACUGAUGAUGAUUUUUAUCGAACUAAUCAGAGUAUGGACCUGUUCGUGUGGAUGCUUUUAAUAUCCUCAAACUGAAGACCAUUGUGACUGCAGCGCUUUUAUAUUUUCCGGAAAGGCUCAACAACUUCUCAUGUCAUGAUUCAUCUUUUAACAACUAUUAACCUCAUGCUCAACAACUUCUCAUGUCAUAAUUCAUCUUUUAACAACUAUUAACCUCAUGCUUUAGUGUAUAUGUUCUUGUAUCUUAUAAUUUCUACCAUAGAACAUUUCCUUGAUUGUAUUCGUGUUUAUAGAGGUUUGGUUUAAUUUCUGAUUGUUA